GCAAGUGUGAUCAGAUGCGGUGCCCCCUCCCUUCCUCAGGGGACGUCAGCAGAGUGAUGGGGCGCAGACCCUGGCAGGGCAAAGAUCAGGACGCCGAAUGAGCACUGAGGGAACCAUCCAGCCCCAAACCGUGGGGACAUCACAGAGUCUGGCCCCACCCGCCCUGUCAACACUAGGGGGCCCAGGACUAUGCCUGUAGUCUGUCUCCUGAGGAGCCCUCUUGACGCAGAGGUGAGGGCCAUGGGCUGAGGCAUGUGUCCUCAGGUCAGUGACUGAGAGAAGGCCCCCGCAGAACCAGAAGUCAAAGUGAGGUGCACAGCCUGUCGUCUACCAAGGGCCCCACCUACCCCAGAACAGAGAGAAGCCACAGUGCCUGACCCAACCUGGCUGCUCUCAGCCCUGGAAUGCUUAGGUGGGCUGCACCCUGAGAAACUCUCCCACUUCCUCUUUCAGUUCUUAGGUCAACCAAGCGAACGGGAGCCCUGUGAUGCCUGGGGGCACCCCUAGAGAGGACACCUGUAAGUCACCUUUGUCAGAGCCAUCCUGGGGGCGUUUUUCAAAUGUGGCCACUGACACUCUCCCUGUCUCCUCUAGGUUUCUGCCCUCCUGCUGGCCACCGCCAACACAAGUCAUCAUGUCUCUGGGUCACAUGAGUGAGCACUGCAAGCCUGAGGAAGACCCCCACGCCCCCAAAGAGGCACAGGGGCUGGAAGGUGUGCAGGAUCCCAUGGUGGAGAAGGGAGAGGCCACAGCCACCACUACCACCUCCCUGACCUCCCCAUCUUCCCCCUCCCCCUCCCCCAUCACCCCUUUGAUCCUUGGCACCCCAGAGGACGUGCCUGCCACUGGGGCACUGGGUCCACUCCCGAGUUCCAAGAUAGUCUGCUUCUCACCCACUGCUGCCCCAGCUAUGCCACGGAGUCGAUCUGCUGAGAAUUCCAGACGGGAAGAAGAGGAGGGGGCCUGUAUCUCCCAGGAUCCAGCCGAUCCUGAGUCCUUGCUCCGUGAGGAGCUAAACAAGAAGAUGGCCGAAUUGGUGCAGUUCCUGACUGUCAAAUACAUAACAAAGGAGCCCAUCACAAAGGCAGAAAUGCUGACGAAUGUCAUCAAGGAGCACAAGGAUCACUUCCCUCUGAUCUUCAGCAAAGUCUCCGAGUGCAUGGAGAUUGUCUUUGGCAUUGAGGUGAAGGAAGUGGACCCCAGCAGCCACUCCUACGUGCUUGUCAGAACACUAGAUCUCACCUACGACGGGAUGCUGCGUGAUGAUGGCCAGAGCAUGCCCAAGACCGGCCUCCUGAUCUUUAUCCUGGGUGUCAUCUUCAUGGAGGGCAACCGUGCCUCUGAGGAGAAAAUCUGGGAAGUGCUGAAUAUGAUGGGGGUCUAUGCCGGCCGGGAGGAUUUCAUCUACGGGGAGCCCAGGAAGCUCAUCACCGAAGAUUUGGUGAAGGAGCAAUAUCUCGUGUACCAGCAGGUGCCCGAUAGUGAUCCUCCACGCUACGAAUUCCUGUGGGGUCCCAGGGCCCACGCUGAAACCAGCAAGAUGAAAGUCCUGAAGUUUUUUGCCAAGAUCAGUGGGACUGACCCCACUUCCUUACCAUUCUGGUAUGAGGAAGCUUUGCAAGAGGAGAAAGAGAGAGGCCAGGCCAGAGCUGCGGCAGGAGAUAAUGCUACUUCCAUGGCCAGUGGAAGUUCCAGCGUCACGUCCGCAGCCUCCCUUGCCCUGAGUGAAGCCUGAAGCAGAUUUUUCAGGCUGCAUUUGAAGACAACAGCCAGUGUUCUAGGGAGGGCCAGGGUGGAUCCAGGAGGAACAGUGUAUAGCAAGCAUCUCUGUUGUACAAGGGUGAUUUCGAGAUUUAUCUCUUCUUUUUUUCUUUUUGCUUCCCCCCCCUCAA